GUUAAAUUAUUAUUUUUAUUUUAAAUUCUUUCUCGUUUCGUGCGAUCGUUCUCUCUCUCACUAUCUUCUUCUCCUUCCCAAUACCCCAGCCUUGCCGCCGUUCACUUUCCACCAACCUCCGCCGCAAAGCCCCGUCGGAAGCCUUCGUUUUCGUCAAGCGUCCGGUUCUCUGUCGUCGUUUUCCGUCACGCCUUAACGAGUUGACCCGAGCCGAAACUUCUGAGCUUCUUCUAUUUCGUGCCGGCGUCGUCCUCUUCGCGGCAAGCUUCUCGUCGGUCAUCCGAAGCCUAGCCUAAGCUCCGUCCGUCGCACCCAAUCUGAGCCGCUGCCUCUGCCUUGCCGUGAAAUUUUGGGUUUUGUGGUAAUUUGCAACUCCAAAUAGUGACCAUUCGGUAGACCUUCUGCUUCUGCCGUCGCCUGCUGCGCACAGAUUUCCCACUCCUCAAAUUUGAAAAUCCACUCUUUGAUUGGUUCUAAAUUAGUACUGUAAUCGAACCGAAUCAGAAGCAAUGAAUUCAGCUCCUGAGAAGCUAACUUUGCCCUUGCUGCAGUCGAAGAUGAAGUGUGACCCUGAAGGGUACGAGUGUGAGUUGGUUCUCCUCUACAACCAAUUCAAAUCAUCCAUGGAGCUCUUCAAACAGCAAGCCUCUCUUCACUUCACCUCUGUUGGUGGCAUUGGCAGCGACCCUUCCGUGGCAAAGGAUCUUAGUGACAGGGCAAUGUUUUUGGCUCAUGUUACUCAUCUUUACCCGAAACAUCUUAUUGAAUUUCCCAAACAGUUGGCGGAUUUGCUUAACUCAUCUUCAAAGUCGCUCCCUUCGGGUUUACGUUGCCACAUAGCACAGGCGCUUAUACUUCUUAUUAAUCGAAAGAUGGUUGAUAUUCAGGAAAAUCUUGCGUUGUUUGUGGAGUUACAGACCUUAGGUGACCGGACACUAAGAAAAUUGACAUUUUCUCAUGUAAUUCACAGCAUUAAAAGAAUGAAUCAAAAGCAUAAAAAUGAAGCAAAGAAUCGAGCUCUCCAGAAAAUUUUGUUCGUAUUACUGCAGCAAGAGGAUGAAGCGAAAGCAAAGAGAUCGCUGAUAACUCUGUGUGAACUUCAUCGAAGAAAGGUGUGGUUUGAUGAAAGAACAGCAAAUGCUAUCUGUACUGCUUGCUUUCAUUCAUCACCAAGGAUUAUGAUUGCCGCCCUAUCCUUUCUUCUUGAUUAUGAGAAGAUUGAAGAUGGUGAGGAUGAUAGUGAUGAGGAAAGUGGUGAAGAUGAUGUGGCUUCUCAAACUUCUCAAGUCAUUCUCAGUAAGGAAUUGGUUUAUAAGGCACACAAUAAAGGUACAUCAGCUAGCAAGAAGAAAAAAAAGGCAAAACUGGAACGAGUCAGGCGUAGUAUUAAGAGGCAGCAACGCAUGUCAUCAGAGAGAAGCAAUUCAAGUUAUUCUCCACUUAACCAUUUGAUAGAUGCACAGGGGUUUGCAGAAAAGUUGUUCUCUCGACUUCGUGCUUGCAAUGAGCGAUUUGAGGUUAAGAUGAUGAUGCUGAAAGUUAUUGCUAGAGCAGUUGGGCUUCACCGCCUGAUUGUGUUAAACUUCUACCCUUUCCUUCAGAAGUAUGUCCAGCCCCAUCAACGUGAUAUCACAGAUUUGCUUGCAGCGGCAGUUCAGGCUUGUCAUGAUAUGGUUCCUCCUGAUGCAGUUGAACCUUUGUUCAAGCAGAUUGUAAAUCAAUUUGUACAUGAUCGUUCACGAACAGAGGCUAUUGCUGUUGGACUCAAUGUAGUAAGGGAGAUAUGUAUGCGAAUGCCUUUGUUAAUGACCGAAGAUUUGUUACAAGAUCUUGCAUUGUACAAGAAAUCUCAUGAGAAGGCAAUUUCAAUAGCUGCACGAUCACUUAUUGGAUUAUUUAGAGAGUAUUGUCCAUCUUUGCUGGCUAAGAAGGAUCGUGGGCGCCCUACUGAUCUAAAGGCAAGACCUAAAGCGUAUGGGGAGGUAGCUGUAGCAUCCAAUAUUCCUGGUAUUGAGUUAUUACGCGAAGCUGAUGGUGACAAUAGUGAUGACAACGACGGUGAUGAAGACAGUGAGGCUAUAGCAAGUGGAUCUGAUGAUGACCUCGAUCAAGUGGUUGAUUCCAGUUAUGCUGAUGAUAAUCAAAUGUCCAGCGACGAGGAGGAAUUGACAGAUGCGGAUUCAGCACCUGAAGUUGAUUCUGAUGAAGGUACAGAUGAUGAAGAUGUCGAUGAUUCUAGUGAGAUGGAAUGGGGGGAAGAUGAGGAGCUUGAGGAUAGUAGUGAGGAACAAGACACAAAGUAUAAAAGUGAGGCUAUGUCAGAUGAGAUUGUUGAGACUGGUUCCCUGGAGGCCACAACUAGUUCUCAAGAUUCUAAGCCGAAGAAAAGAAAACAUUCUGAUUUUGACCAACAACUUGUUUCUGCCGAUUCAAGCCUUCGAGCAUUGAAGAGACUAGCAAGCACAGCUGUGGAAAAAUCAUCAGAACCAACUGAUGGCAUUCUUUCCAAUGAAGAUUUUCAAAGGAUCAAGGAUUUAAAGGCAAAGAAAGAUGCGAAAAGUGCUUUGACUCAACAUGGUUUGUUGAGAAAUGCGUCAGAUGCCAAGCGGACAGCUCCUAAGGUUCCAAAUACCGAUGAAUUGAGUAAAAAGCGAGUGGAUCCUGCCAAACUCGAGGUUCAUAUCCGGAGAAGGGUAACCAAGGAAGAAAAAUUAGCAUUAGUUAAGGCUGGGAGAGAGGAUAGAGGAAAGUACCAAGCACGUGCAGCCGUCAAACAAAAGAAGACUGGAGGCUUAAGCAAUCGGCAGAAAGAACACAAGAAGGCGAUGCCAUUAGCUGCAAAACGAUCUAAAGUUGCAAAAUCUCGACUUGACAAGAAGAAGAAGAAUCAACGUUCAGGCAAACAGUUUAGAGGGAAGAAAGCCUGGAAGCAGUGAAGACUGAAGAGAAGCAAUUUUGAUUAAACUUUUUGCUUUUGUUUUAUUUUAUUUUUGGAGAAUGGAAUGGCAAAUUUUGUUCAAUUGUAUUGCCCUCAUCCAACUGCUCUUAUUAUUAUUAUUAUCCAUUCAUUUGCUGCCCGCUCCAUCCCGAUAAUAAUUCAUCUAUGCAUACAUUCUGUGAUUGUGAAAAUUAUACACAUUUCUUUCUUUGUUUUGUGAAGAAAAGAUGUCUUUCUUUGAUUGUAGUCUCCCUCUUCUCAUUGUGGAGGAGACGGGAGUUGUCAGUUGUGGUUUUUCUGAUAAGCUUAAGAUUCUUUUGAAUUCAUUUUGAUAA